GUUUGUUUUUGCCGGGAGAGGUCGCAUGCUUUAACACAGCAGCAAUGGGAUGAGUCUCGCGAAGCAGGAGGAAACAGACUUGAACGGUCAUGUAGUUACAUCCAAAACUUCAUGUUAACAACAGCAAAGCAUUUUGGAGAAACCUCAUCCAUGCUAUGAAUGCCCAAUUGCGCUUUUGGUUGCGGGAGUUGUAGCUUCGACCCGUCGAGAGAACCAGCCCAACACAGAAGAGCUUCAGGACCCGACCAUGUGCGAGUUAGUGAUGCAGUCCAGACUCAUGGACCGAAAAAGUAGCUUUUUUAAGCUGAUCGACACAUUCUCCUCGGAGAUCUUGGAGCUAAAGCAAGAGAUGGUCCAGCCAGCCAGAGAACCAGAGAAUGAGAUAUUACAAGGGCUUGAAGGAGAGGUCAGUGGCCUGUUCCUGCAAUCUUCUGCCUGCGCUGGCGCGCCAGGAGUGAGGGAUUCUGGGUAUGACUCUCUUCGCAGACGCAUGAGCAUCCUGGACAGACUGAUGCAGACGCACUCUGUAUGGCUGCUGCUGUCACUCUGCGAUGAGGAAGCCAGGCGCAUUCUCCAGCCGCAACCAGCAGGGAGUUUUGUGGUGAGAAGGUGUGCAAAAUUACAGAAAAAGGUGAUUUCCAUGCGGAUGGAUAGUGACGCACACAUAGUUCGGGACUUCCCAGUUAAAGAGAGUCAAUACACCUUUUCCCUGGAGGGCUCGGGAAUCAGCUUCGCAGACCUCUUUCGGCUGGUGGCUUUCUGCUGUAUCAGCAGGGACGUUCUGCCCUUUACCCUGAAGCUCCCAGAGGCGAUUAGUGCAGCAAAGACACCUACAGAUCUCGAGCAGGUGGCUCAGUUAGGAAGAGGUUUCUGGGACUCUGAGCUGUGCAAUAAGAGGAAGCAUUGUGUAACCGAAGAGCCUGUUUGUGAAAGUCCACAACAGAGAUUAAAACAGUGGGACAGCAAGGUUUCCCCAAGAGACAGUGUCCCAGUGAUCCCACGCACUCGCUCUCCAUCUGAGCUUGAAUGCAGUCAGUCCAACGGAGCAUUGUGCUUCAUCAAUCCCCUAUUCCUGCAAACACACAAGCCCAACCCCAGUCCAUCGCCCGAGAAUCCAGAAACAUCAACAUCCCCAGGCAACAAAGAGCGCCAGCAGAACAGGGAGAGCAGCGUCCUCUUUCGUGCAAGCAGCAAACACGUCAAAACCAAUUUUGGUUUGAGUAAAUCCAAAAGUACAUCACGCACCCCACCACCUCGGCCCCCACCUCCCCGCUUCGGCUCUGGCAGAUCGGGCAUCCUUCGUAAACAGAAGACCAUGCCCGAGACAGUCAGCUGGAUCAAAACACCUCAGGAAAAGGGCAGCCUGCUGGGAAGAUUGGGAUCCUCCUUAAAUUCCUUAUCUCCAUCAAACUCUCCACCCAAAAGGUUCAGUAAACCCAUCCAGGUGCCUUCAUCCCGCAAUAAGAAUUCCUCAACUCUGCUUGAUGCAGAUAAUAUCCGCUGCCAAAUGGCUCUGGACGAUCAGACCAUUGAGGAAGCAGUGUCUUGGAGCUUGGCCAGGCUCAACUCUAAUGCCGUGGAGAGCGGCAGCCCCGCGGACGAGCACACGACCACUGGACGAGAGCGGCUGAGUGACAUCAGCAUCUCCACCUCGUCCUCAGACUCUCUAGACUUCAGUCACAGCUUCUCGCUGCCCAUGGAAGCCAGUAAAUGUAUGACCGAUCGCCCCACCGGAGACAGCAGCCUGGAGGAGGAGGAAGAAGAGGACGAUGGCAUCAACUUAGAGAGCGACCAGGAGGUUCCACCACCUUUCAAGUCAAAGAAGCGGCACAGUGCCGGCACAUUCGCGCUGCCACGUUCACUGAGAGGACAUUUCCGCAAAAUGAGCAGCGUUUUUAACUCUUUGAUGACGCCUGAGAAGAGAGCUAUUCGGAAGAUCGUGGAGCAGUCCAGGGAUAAAGGAACUUACUUUGGCUGCCUGGUGCAGGACUACUUGAGUUUCCUACAGGAGAACUGUGGCUGCCACACGUCAGGCUUGGAUCUUCUGCAGACUGUCAGACAGUUUAUGACGCAGAUGAAGUCCUACCUGCUGCAGAGCUCUGAGCUUGACCCACCUAUUGAGUCUCUCAUUCCAGAAGACCAGAUUGACCAGGUGAUGGAGAAAGCCAUGCACAAGUGUGUGCUGAAGCCCCUGAAACCCGUGCUAGAAGCCGCUUUGCAGGACUUCCAGAAUAGCAGUGGGACUUGGCAGCAGUUGAAAGAGAAUCUGGUUUUGGCCAAAGCCAAGCAUCCUCAGGAGAUGGGUGUGGACGGGGGCAUUUCCCCUGACCCCGUAGCGAUAGAGAAAAUUCGCCACAAGUUCCAGAACAUGUGCAAGAUGUACUCACCUGAGAAGAAAGUGUUUAUGCUUCUUGGUGUUUGCAAACUUAUCUACACCAUAAUGGAAAACCACUCAGGGAGGAUGUAUGGGGCGGAUGAUUUCUUACCUAUGCUGACAUAUGUGAUGGCCCAGUGUGAUAUGCCACAACUAGACGCUGAAAUCGACUACAUGAUGGAGCUGCUUGACCCAUCACUGCUCAACGGAGAAGGAGGAUAUUACCUGACCAGUGCAUAUGGAGCAAUGUCUCUCAUCAAGAACUUCCAGGAGGACCAGGCAGCCCGUGUGCUGAGUUCUGAAACCCGUAACACACUGCACCAGUGGCACCGCAGACGCACAGCUCAGCGUACCACUCCAUCUGUGGAUGAUUUCCAGAACUACUUGCGGGUGGCACUGCAAGAUGCAAGUAGCGGCUGCACUGCCAAAACCCUUCAGGUGCAGCCCUACGCCACAACGGAAGACGUGUGCCAGAUAUGCGCGGACAAGUUUAAAGUUUCGGAUCCGGAGAACUACGCCCUGUUCCUCUUGACAGACGAAACCACACAGCAGUUGGCACCGGACACUCACCCACAAAAGAUUAAGGCUGAACUUCACAGCCGUCCACAGCCGCAACCGUUUUACUUCGUUUACCAUCAUAUCAAAAACCUCAGCUUCACUGACCAUUCAGACGAGCUCAAUGGUAACACUGUGUCCAACUGAGAAAGAGCAAGUCUGGUUUCCUACGGGUCCUCUCCAAACUCCUUUUCGGCCUUAUUAUUCAUCUUCUUCCAUAACAACACUGCUAACGUCUGCAUUUGAAGAGGGAAGCGGAAAAUGUGUUUGGAGGAAAAAAGGGAAGGAAGAAUGUGUCUGACAGAUGCAGCGUUUUUUGUAUGCCUCGUCUUUACUAUUUCAAAACGUUUCGGGAAGUGGCACGUGACCAUCACGAGAGUAGCUGAACUGCGAAUGCUCAAUUUCAUCAAUGUAAAAACUAAAACACAUUUUGUUUGUUUUUGUUUGUUGGCCUUUGCUAUGGUGAUAGAUUGUGGCAUUGUUUAUGACUGCUUUGCCAAAUUUGAGGCACUGCUCGGUGCUUUAACUGGACACAUUUUUGCACAAAGUGAAGAAUUUUACUUAGUUCUUCCAUUGGCAUUCUUGCAGAGCUCUACGCUAAUGUGGACAUCUCGGUCACCAAGGACAUUGUGUACAUCUUUAUAUGAAUCCAGUUUAAUUUUCUAAUGUAAACCUUCCAUGAUAUUAUUGCGGUUGCUGGUAAACUGCAUUUUACACGAAUGAUUUAUUGUUAUAAUAUUGCAUGUAUCUUUGUGAAACAGGCAUUGUUGCCAGUGAUGUUUUGUUAUUUUGCUUUUAUAUGAAAUAUGAUCAAUCAGUCUUAACAUUCAUUCAGUCUUGUGGCGAAAUGGAAAUGGCAGUAUGGACUUGGUUAAAAAUACUACUGACAAACCGAUCGUUUGAGCUUGUGGUAAUCUGGAUAUGUGUUGUACUGGUUUGCAGAUUAUCAAGAACUGACAAAGGCUUUUGGCAAGUAGGGCACAUUGAAAGAUUAAAUGUGAAGUAAGAAAAAAAAUUUGUUAAGUUUGUUAACAUCACUUAAUGCAUUAGGUAUUAUAAACUAACAGUUAACAAAUAACCAAAAUACCCAAAACAGUUUGUGAAUCCAGGUUGAUAUAAUAAGAUUAGGAGGAUCAAUGUUUGAUUUCAAUCUUUGACAUGACUUUACUGGGUCAAUAUGAAUAUAUUAUGGAAGGGGUAUGCAUCGACGUCACUUCAACACAUGAACACGCCCCUUACCCUUAGAAAAGAAUGAGUGGCAAAACAUUAAACAGUGUGUCUGGGUUUAAUAGUUUAACUGACAAUUAUCAACUUAAAUUGAAUUUUGUUGGCCUUGAAAGCGACCCUAACAGCUUGCCAAACAAGCAUUAGUCCGGGGACCUUGGCAUCUGACCAUCUGAUCUCUUUUCCCGACAUAUAUGUUUGUCUUGCCUAAUACUACCAAACGAUAGCUCCAAAUUCUUGGUAAAUCUGUUUGCGCAGUCGAUCAUACAACAACUUCUCCCCUUUUAGCCGCGUUUUCGCGGAUACGCGGUCGCUCCCUCUGGCGACUCAAUGGGCGUAACCGCAAUCACUUCCGCCAAAGUGACGUCACGCGCAUGUCCUCUAGAAAUUAAUAUUACCCAGAAUAUCUUCACAGUUAUGUCAUUACUCAUUACCUAUUGCCUUGACUAAUGUUAACAAAUUGAACCUUAUUGUAAAGUGCUACAGUGAUAAAGUUUGACAUGAAAGAAAAGGCAGGUUAAAGAGACAUUAAUAAAAAAAGUCAACAAACAAAUGAUUUUUGUGUGUCACUGUAAAGUGCUAUCAGGAAUGUCAGUUACAUGGAGAAUACUUUACCUUCAUAACUAUACUCAUAACCUCAUAACUAUAAUAACUUACCAAGUAUUUGAUUUUUUACUAAUGUACUUUAUGUUUGCAUGUCGGUGUAAACUCUGGGCAUUUUUUUUAAGAGACUGAGCUGGAAUGCUCUGACCAUUUAUUGAUAUAAAACACUAGCUACAUCUGAAACACAAACUAAGUUUCGUGUCUUGAAAAGUAUUUUAAAGUGAUUGAUUUUAACAGGAUAUUUUAAACCUGAUAAGUGAACACAUAUUUAUAUGAAAUCUGUGCGGGAAUUUUUCACAGAUCUGAGCUCUUGAUUCAAAUGUAUUGUGUAUUCAUCUGAAUUCUAGAAGAGUUCAUUCUUUAUAUUUGCCUUUUUAUGUACACUUUUGCGCACAAUAAAUUGUCAAACAAUU